AUGGCAGAUGAAGAAGGGAGUGAGUCUAGAGGCUCUUCCGCUGAUGAUGUGGAAGAGAGACGGGCAGAUCUAAUUAGUGCACUAAGAGAGAUGGCUCAAGCAUUACAACAAACCAUUCGCGCUCAACAGCAACCACCCCCAAUAGCUACUGAUGGGGAUACAAAAGCAAUGGUGGCCUUGUGUGAAUUUAAGCACCAAAAACCACCAGCUUUUAAGGGUGAACCAGACCCGGUUGUAGCUGAACAAUGGUUAGAUGAAAUCAACAAGAUACUAGAUGCCCUUAGAAUUCGGGAAAGCAACUCUAGAAUUACUCAUGCUGCUUACCAGUUUACUGGAGAAGCUGCCAAAUGGUGGAAGAUGGUUAAGCGAUCUUGUAAUGUGGAGACUAUGUCUUGGGAUCAGUUCUGCAAAACAUUUCUUGAUAAGUUCUUUCCCCCUGUGCUACAAGAAGCUAAAGUAGAAAAAUUCAAUAAGUUGUAUCAAGGGAAGAUGUCAGCAAUGGAAUAUGAUGCACGGUUCACAGAAUUGUCUAGGUAUGCUCCUGAACUUGUGUCAACAGAAGCUAAGAAAGCUCGUAAGUUUGAACAUGGGCUUCGACCAAACAUUAGAUUAAAAGUGUCAGUUUUAAGGCUGCCAACUUAUGCUGAAGUACUUGAAAGAGCCUUGAUUGUUGAAGCAGACUGUGAGGAGUUUAAGAAAGUACGUGAGAAGACUCGACAAAGAAUGGGUCAGCAUUCAGGAAAUCCUAAUAAGAAGCAAAGGACAUCGUCGUCAUCAUCUUAA